AGUGCAAACUCCGCCUUCAUUCUGUCCAUGCUGGAAAACUUUAGUUUUUCACGCAAACUCGGAGGGCCCAAUUCCAAUAUUCAGCGCACAUAAUUCCAGCGUGAAAUAGUGUGACUUUAGCAGAAAUGGGUGAAAUUGGGCUUCCGCGAGGCAUGUUCUUGCGGAGUGUGGCAACCAUAUACUUGUUUGCAUUCGCAUCUCUUUACGUCCAAAUUCCAGGUCUGUAUGGGAACGAGGGCAUUGUUCCGGUGCGCUUGGUGGUGCCCCAGAGUGACCGGCCCGUGCUGGACCAGCUGCAAGCUUUCCCUACGCUGCUGGUCCUGGGGCCCCAGCUAGGGCUCAACCCCCAGCAGGCCAUGGAGCUGGUGUGCCUGCUAGGAGUGCUGCUGGCCCUGGCCGCCGUCCUGCUGAGCUCUCUGAGGAACAGCCUGGUCUUUCUGUGUCUGUGGGCACUCUACUUUUCCCUUUGUCAGGUUGGUCAAGACUUCCUUCAAAGUCAGUGGGACUCGUUGCUCUUAGAGGCAGGCUUCUUGGCGGUCAUCGUGGCUCCUUUUCUGUGUGGCGGCUCUUCCCUGAGGCUCCACGACCCCGUGACCUUCUGGCUGACGCGGUGGCUGCUCUUCAGGGUCACGUUUGGUGCUGGAGUGGCGAAGCUGGCCAGAGGAGGCUCCGAGUGGUGGAGCCUCUCAGCUCUGUCCCAUGUCUUUGAGUCCCAGGGCAGCCCGACCCUGCUGGCCUGGUACUGCCACCAGCUGCCCGCCUGGCUGCUCAGGCUGGGUGUGGUGCUGCUGCUGGAGGCCCAGCUUGUGGUGCCGUUCCUCUUCUUUGCCCCCAUCCGCUGCCUGCGGCUCUCCGCUUUCUACCUCCAGGUGCUGCUUCAGCUGGGCAGCUUGUUGACGGGGAACCUGAGCGCCAUGAGCCUGUUGACCAUUGCAUUGUGCUUCUCUCUGCUGGACGACGAGCAUGUCAGCUCUGGGCAGGGCCCCAAGAAGAAGAAGAAGAGCAAAACUUGGAUGCAGUCCAUUGGCUCUCUCAUUUCACUGUUAUUGGAGUUGGGAGUGUUUGCCCUAAUCAUAUACAGUGCUGUGGAGUUGUUCCAGCUGCGGAUCGAUUGGGAGCAGAAGAUUGUGACCUCAAAAACAAAGUUUACACAGCAGCAGUUUGCUGAUGUGCUGAAAUUGGUCACAGUGCCCAGUAUCUGGGUAGGAGUUUUGUCCCUUACUUGGGAGGUGGUUGCUGCUAUGCUCGGGUGUGUGUGUGCUCGAGGUGUUCUGUCCAAGCUCUGGGCUCUCAUCCAGUGGGCUGUCUUCACUGCACUGGCUGCUGGCAUCUUUGCACUAACUCUGGUUCCAUACACAGCUAUGGAGAAUGUCUCCAGCAGUAAGAUUUUACCAGAGGUGAGGAAAGCAUAUAACAUGGUGGAACCCUAUGGGUUGGUAGGUGCCUAUGGCAUCGACCACAACUCCCUCACGGAGGAUGGAAGACCAGAAAUUGUUAUUGAGGGCAGUAUGGACCAGCACAAAUGGACGGAGAUUGAGUUUAUGUAUAAGCCAGGUAAGGAGAGCAGAGCCCCUCCUCUGAUGACUCCUUAUCAGCCACGGCUGGACUGGCAGCUGUGGGAGGCUGCCCACGGGGCGCAGGAGGACAGCCACUGGUUCACAGGCUUGGUGCAGCGGCUCCUACAGGGCAAAAGAGACGUGGUGCGACUGGUCCAGACAGAUGAUGCUCAGUACCCCUUCAGCCAGACUCCCCCCACGUUCAUCAGAGCGGGCCUCUAUAAGUACUGGUUCACGGAAGACUCACAGGAUGGUUCCCAGCCGCAGCAGUGGUGGAGGAGGCACUUUGUGCAGGAGUUCUACCCUGCAGUGCGUCUGGGAGAUCCCGUGCUGGAGAGCAUGCUCCGCAGCCAUGGGCUGAAGGAGAAGCACCCUGUCCGGGCCAUGUCGGACUCCCCCGUGGGCCAGGCCCUGGCGUUGGUCCGGGACCAGGUCAGCCCUCUCUCGGGGCCCCUGGUGCUGCUGGCCCUGCUGGCCACCGUGGCCUCCGUCUGUCUGGUCAAGUCCAUGAUUGGCCAGAAGUCCAAAGGCGUCCCUCCGGAGCCGAGGGGCAAGAAGGGCAAAGAGCCCCAGCCUGUCACCGACAAGAACAAGGGCAAGAAGGACAACUCCGAGGAGAGACCACAGGACUCUGACCGCAGCCCGCGCAAGAGGAGGAAGUGAUUAUAAACGUGUUUCCUGAUGCCAACCUCCCCAGACCACAAAAUAGACACAUACGCACACACUCAGGGUCAUGCCAUGCUAUUGGGGGAGGUGUGGGGUCUCUCUUGGGGGGAAUUUGCUUUGUUUUCAGAUUUUGUUUCCUCAUUUGUCACGCAUCAUUCCAUUAUAGUUUUGUUUUGCUGUCAACAUUCAAGUUGAGGUGCUGUUACUUCAUUGUGUGUCUCUUCCUUGUUCACUCACCCCUCCGUUAUGGAAGCCUGUAUGUAAACACAGAUCCAAGUGAAUGCUCAGGUCUAUUUGUACCAAAGACAGCGUGUGGAAAGGUUGGCUCCUGCUGGCCAGCGUCUCUGCUACUGUUGAUUUCCACAUGUAGAUGGCUGCUGCCUUUAUGCUGGAUGUACAUUUUUUUUUUCUACUGAACACAUUCCUAACUUUGUCCACAAAGUUGUACAACCUUGACAGAAAAACCACCCUCUUGAAAAAAUAAAUUUGACCUGCUUGUGCUGUU